CUUUCAAUUUCAGUUUUCAAACCCUAAACAACUUCUCUUAUCUUCUCUCAGGUGUAACUUGUAAUCUCAAUUAGUCAAUAAUUAUACAAGUGGAGAGAUUAGGAUUAUAUUAGUACAUUGUUAAUCAUGAUGCAUUACCAGGCAGCUGCUGAGUCAUGGGGGUACUACGUGCCGGUGAGGAUGAGCAUGGGGGACCCACUGGAGCGGGUGGCGAGGCUGGCGUCGAAGAGCGCGGUGGUGAUAUUCAGCGUGAGCAGCUGCUGCAUGUGUCACGCCGUCAAGAGGCUCUUCUGCGGAAUGGGGGUGAACCCGACGGUGUACGAGCUGGACCAGGACCCCAGAGGGAAGGAGAUCGAGAGGGCUCUCAUGAGGUUGCUCGGAACCUCGUCGGCGGUUCCGGUGGUGUUUAUUGGUGGCAAGCUUAUUGGCGCCAUGGAUAGAGUCAUGGCUUCCCAUAUCAAUGGGUCCCUGGUCCCACUUCUUAAGGAGGCUGGGGCCCUCUGGCUCUGAUCGUCAUCAUCGAAUUUAUCACAUGCAGGUCAAGGAAAAAAAAUGGAAUAGAAAAGAGUGAGAGUGUUCAUGAUGAUGUUCAGUUUUAACUAGAUUUGGAUAUAUUUAUGUUAAUUUCACUUUCUACUCCAUUCUCGCAGAUUUAUAUGUGUGUUUGUGCGUGAAAGGAGAGACCUGCAAAACUUGAAAGAGCCUAUUUUUGUAACAUUCUACAAUUGCAGAAAACUAGAAACAAAAAAUUGAACAA